AUGCAUCAUUACCGAUACAAGCGAAGCCGCGAGUUCCAGGAACUAGUUGAUCAGAAGAAGAAGAAGAAGAAGAAGAAGAAGAAGAAGAAGAAGAAGAAGAAGAAGAAGAAGCGACCGCUGGAACAAGGUCUUUAUUCGCCUGACGUUUCGGAUCCGCACUUGAAUCCAUCAUCAGAAACAGUAGCAGAAAACGGGUGACUCGUGCACAGGAAGUUGCAGUAUUUAUAGGAUGCAGUCGCUAUGCUACUGCAUACCCAUAACAAUUAACCGCGCUCCCCUUCAUGAAGGGUCGUUGCCCGCUGGUGCGCUAAUUGCUUGCUGGCCGGCAUACAAGUUGUUAAUUGCUGACAUCUCAUCACCCGUGUUGGAUGCUGGCGUGAUGAUUGCUCGGCCAUCUGGCUCACCGGCUUGCGCGCGCCCCGAGUGGUCAAUUAACUUGGCCAGCCUAUGCCUCAGCACGGAGUAUGGAGUGGGCAUGUCGUUGCACUUGUUGAUAGAUUGAGGUCCCGUGAACCAUGACUCGAGCAACUCGCGGCUCCCGCGAUUAUCCCCUCUCGUGAGGAUUUCGGCCUCAUCGAACUUGAAUGUGUGGCCGGGUCUCGUCGAAUGGGCUAAGACCUAAGAUCGAGACCGUCCAGCUACUCCUACGAAACAAGUACAAUGAAAUGGAGAAUCGUCUCCGACAUGCCCAAGUCCUUCAGCUCCUAAAGUUCUGUUUUAGGACGUACUUCACGUUUGACGGAACAAUCUACGAGCAAGUGAAGGAAACACCAAUGGGCUCGCCGAUCUUGGGAUUCAUCGCCAAGGCAGUCCUACAGCGGUUGGAGUCGCUGGUUUUCCAACUCCACAGACCGAAAUUCUGGGCUCGGUAUGGGGACGAUACCUUUGUCUCAUCGAACGAGAUCAAGUACUAA